GAAGAAAACAUUAAGGAUGCCUAUAGGUUUUUAUGUGAAAACUACGAGCCGGGGGAUAGAAUCUUUCUUUUCGGCUUCUCUCGUGGUGCGUAUCAAGUGAGGGCGGUUGCAGGGAUGGCAUACAAGGUAGUUGGACUCUUAACCCCCGGACAUAUAUCCCAAUUGGAUUUUGCAAUGGAGCAUUACAUUGAACCUUGGAGAUCUGGAAAUAAGGCCAGAGAAGCCCAUCUAGAACGAGCUCAAACAUUCAAGCGUACUUUCUGUCGUGAUGUACCAAUCCAUUUUGUCGGGGUUUGGGAUACUGUAUCAUCCGUUGGGCUUGUACGGGGCGAGCCGUUCCCAUAUACUACUAGGUGUCAGCACAUAUGCUACUUUCGCCAUGCCCUAGCUCUGGACGAGCGACGCGUCAAGUUCCUUCCUGAGUACGUGUACGGCGGUGCAGGAUACAUUCGAGACCAGCACAACAUGUACAAAAUGCGAAGGCCUCAGCGGGGAAAACAGCACAAUCAAACAGCGCUUGAGCAUGCGAGUCACGGAGACUCUCAUGAUGUUCCUCACGUAAAGGAAGUCUGGUUCGCAGGGUGUCAUUCCGAUGUAGGAGGAGGCAACAAGAUCAAUCACGACUUUCAGAUGACAAAUCCGUCCCUUCUCUGGAUGAAAAUGCAAGCAGAGAGCGCAGGACUGGAAAUAAAGUCUACAUCGAUACCCAACCACCGACCUCUUGGACAGAUUCAUGAGCAGCCUACUGAGUCUCUGACAGGACUCUGGUGGCGACUCUGUGAGCUAUUGCCGGUGAAGCGGCUCUCAUAUGCGUCUGAAGCUGAAACAGUCCGAUGGCCGUAA